GGGACGCAGCAGACAGGCAGCCAUGGGAUCGUCAAACAUUUUAUCCAGAGUUAGUGCAGCUGUGAAGUAACUUCAGCCCAACAAAGAGGUGAGGUCUAUGGCUGCCGUGGCACCUUCUCAUACUUUAUAUAGUCAGAGUGUCCGUGUCUCAGUGUUUCCAUGGCCGUGGGCUGACGUGUGGAGCGAUGCGGCACCACUGGCUGCUCCUCGGGGCUUGCGGCUGGGUGCUGCUCAUCCUCAUGUUUGUCAGCAAGUUCAUCAGCUUCAGAGCUGUGGAUGACUAUGGAGAGAGGGCUGGUGCUCAGACUUGGACCAUGCCUGGCACCAAACUGGUUAAGCCCAGUCCUGUGUCCAACCCAGAAGAGCCCCAUCCAAAGCCGUCUCAUCCGCCCACAGAGGUGCCCACAGUGUCAGAUUGGCAGUUAGUUGUUGAUAAACGAAUUGAGCUGCUCUCAGCUGUUUGUAAAAACAGCUCUCUCAGGAAUUUGACUCACGUCUCCAUCAGCAAAUUCGUCCUGGACCGUAUUUUUGUGUGUGACAAACACAAGAUCUUAUUCUGCCAGACACCUAAAGUAGGCAACACACAAUGGAAAAAGGUUCUCAUUGUGCUCAAUGGAGCGUUCUCUACUGUGGAGGAGAUUCCUGAAAACCUUGUUCAUGACCAUGAGAAAAACGGUCUGCCACGGCUGUCAUCGUUCACUCCACAGGAGAUUACUCACAGAUUGAGGAGUUACUUCAAGUUUUUCAUUGUGAGGGAUCCAUUUGAACGCCUCAUUUCUGCUUUCAAAGACAAGUUUGUUAAGAACCCUCGCUUUGAGCCAUGGUACAAACAUGACAUCGCUCCAGCCAUCAUCCGGAAAUAUCGCAAGAGCCAUCGUAACAUUGAUCACGCUGUCUCUGGCCUGCACUUUGAGGACUUUGUUCGUUACUUGGGGGAUGUGGAAGGCCGCCGGCGAAUGGACCGGCAAUUUGGCGAGCACAUCAUCCACUGGGUGACUUAUGCAGAGUUGUGCGCACCAUGUGAAAUCCACUACAGCGUGGUAGGCCACCACGAGACACUGGAGCGAGAUGCUCCUCACAUCCUCAAAGCCGCUGGUAUCGAGCAGCUGGUGUCAUACCCUGCCAUUCCUCCAGGCAUCACCCGGUACAACAGGACCAAGGUGGAACACUACUUCUCAGGCAUCAGCAAACGGGACAUUAGGCGCCUGUACGCACGUUACAAGGGUGACUUCAGCCUGUUCGGUUAUCCAAGCCCCGACUUCCUCGUGAACUAAAUGAUUAAUAACUAAGACUAACUAUGGCAUAUUUUCACAGAAAGCCCUCUAAGAAUCAUUGGUUUACUGAUACAAAGGUGAGCUAUAGCUGCCACAGAACUCAUAAGGGUGGGUUCACACCUAUGGUUUGUUUCUCUGCUCCAGAUUAGUUGAUGAGUUUGUAAAUGUAGAGUGUUUUCCCCUUGAUUCAGUCUUUUAACAUAAACCAUGUGAGAUUGUUGUCUCUGAUUCACUCACUGGUCAUGGUGCCGUGUGCGGGGCAUGAAUAAUGAGAUAGAUAUAGGAAAUUGGUCCUGUGCUCUGUACGCAUUUCUAUUUUUACAGCUCAUGCUUACAACUACUGCACAAACUGCUAGUUUGUGUGUUUGCUGCAGAAUGAAAAGCACACCUGGAGACCUGAAGAGCUAACCUUGAACUUUGGUUAGAUUGAGGCUCGAUUACUCAUGUUUCGCCACAACUUAACACCUCAGUUGCAGUUGUUUGGGUGCACUGACUCAAACCAAUGGAACUAAAGGGGAAAAUGCACUACAUCUCUUUUCAGUCUAAAGGCUGCAGGUGUGAAGACACUCUGAAAGGCCGGUAUGCAGUAGAUGGCACAGUGUUAUGCUCUUAUUUUAGCUACCUAAGUCAGAGUAACUGACUGUUUUUUUUUUUGCUGUGUUGGUUAUAUUUUCAGUGAAGGAAAAAGUGCUUUAUAAUAUUGAUAUUUAACAGUCUAUGUGAGCUGUCAACAAACCUGUAGUGGAGAUGGAAAGGUAACGGUGACGCCCACAUGCAGGUAAAGGUCAAAUGAGGAACACUGUUUUUUGUCUUCUAUUUAAUGUGUAGGACUGGAUUCUCCUUGUAUGUCACAUACACAAGUGUUUUCUGCCAGGGAUACAGGCCCGUUACCCUGUAAUGUAGCUUUUAUAUUGCACUGUAUGGACUUCCUGUUUCAAUGAUUCAUUCUGUUGACGUGAGCUGCAGACAAUGCUCUUGUGUCUCCUCUGUACCUCUUGCUAUCAUGUUAAGACAUGGGUGAAAACCGUCAGAUACCGUCAGACUGAAAGCCAAAUGAGAUUGAACAUUUGGACACAUUUUUCAUUGAUGUUUUUAUGAGAUGCAAGUCAGUAUUACCUUUAUAGAGUUUUUUAUCAUUUAUAUUUUGUCAGUGCGACGCAUGUUCAUAUUGUGUAAAUCAUGAAGUCGCUGUUUAAAUGACACGAAGAACAUUUAAAAUGUCACACUGACUGAAACAAAGCCCCUAAAGUCUUCAGCGGUUUCAUCUACUGCCCCAUGUUUGCCCAGUCCUGAUCAGUAUGUAGCUCUUGCGUCUACUAUAAUAAUAUAUUUUGACUCUGUUGCACUGGGAUACUGAAAGAAACAGGCACUGGAUUUUCAAGGAUCAGUUAUUAGUCUUUAUCAGAAUACUGUAAAUGUUCUUAACAUGACUUGCAAGUCAAACAUUUGUCUUACAUGUUGCUAUUUAUAAUAAUAUAAUUAACCCAGUGGCACAAAUGGUGUCUUGAAUUGUACGAUGAUGCUUCCUCCUGGUGACUCCUGUUGACCCUUUGGUCCAGUGGUUACAUUACAAGAACACUAGUUAGUAAUAAAGUUCAUGUAAAAAA